GUCAUGAUCGACCUUAGCGCGUGACUUUUCAGACAGUACGAAUUGGACGUCAGUCUCUUAGCGAAAUGUCGAAGUCUGACCGGAAAGAGGCAGCCGUCGUAGAGAUGGAAGUUUUGAAAGGCGGAGAUUCGGGUCUGACAUCGGUUGCGAUAGAACUAGACGUACAAGACGAGAGAGAACGUCAUCGUGAUGGUUUAAAGAAGACAGCCAAAGCAAAAAAGAAUGAUUUAGACGAACUGAAGAAAGAAGUAGAGAUGGAUGAACAUGUGGUUGCUGUUGAUGAAUUAUAUCGGCGAUUUGGCACCGACCCAGUGAAGGGACUGACAGAUAAAGCAGCUGCUGAUUAUUUACUAAGAGAUGGUUACAAUGAAUUAACUCCUCCCAAAACAACACCAUGGUGGGUGAAGUUUGGCAAGCAGCUGUUUGGUGGGUUUUCCACAAUGCUAUGGAUUGGAGCUGUCCUUUGCUUUUUUGCUUAUGGGAUUCAGUCAGCAAAAGAUGAUAAUCCACAAAGAGACAAUCUGUUUCUGGGGAUUGUGCUGGCUGCUGUUGUUAUUGUCACUGGAUGUUUUUCAUACUAUCAGGAAGCAAAGUCAAGUGCCAUCAUGGAGAGUUUUAAGAAUUUAGUUCCUCAGAUGGCUAUUGUUAUUCGAAAUGGUGAGAAGAAGACUCUAAACUCACGAGAGAUUGUUGUUGGUGAUCUGGUGGAAGUGAAAGGAGGAGACAGAGUGCCAGCAGAUCUACGAAUUAUAUCAACACAUGGAAUGAAGGUGGAUAACUCAUCGUUGACUGGAGAGUCAGAGCCACAGUCACGGUCAACUGAUUGCACACAUGAGAAUCCGUUAGAGACCAAAAACAUUGCUUUCUUUUCUACAAAUGUAUUGGAAGGUGCUGCAGUUGGAUUAGUUGUUAACACUGGUGAUCGUACUGUGAUGGGUCGUAUUGCUAAUCUAGCCAGUGGGUUGGAGAUUGGAGAAACUCCCAUCUCCAAAGAAAUUGCUCACUUUAUCCACAUCAUAACAGCUGUAGCUCUCUUUUUAGGCAUCACAUUCUUUAUCAUUGCUUUUCCUCUGGGAUAUGAGUGGUUGCAAGCUGUCGUCUUCUUAAUUGGAAUAAUUGUUGCCAAUGUACCAGAAGGUUUGUUGGCCACUGUGACGGUGUGUCUUACUCUUACUGCUAAACGGAUGGCAUCUAAAAACUGCUUGGUGAAAAACCUGGAAGCAGUGGAGACACUUGGCAGCACAUCUGUUAUCUGUUCUGACAAGACAGGGACACUGACACAGAACAGAAUGACCGUUGCACACAUGUGGUUUAAUUGUGAAAUCUAUGAGGCCGACACAACUGAAGAUCAAACAGGAGAAAGUUUUGAUAAGUCGUCAGAUGAAUGGAUGUCUCUGGCACGCAUUGCUGGUUUGUGUAAUCGUGCAACAUUUAAACCAGACCAAGAUGAUGUGCUCAUUCUUGCCAGGGAAUGUAAUGGUGAUGCCAGUGAGACUGCGUUGUUGAAGUGUGUUGAGUUGUCUGUUGGAUCUGUGGAAGACAUGAGAAAUAGGAAUAAGAAAGUUGCUGAAAUUCCGUUUAAUUCGUCCAACAAGUAUCAGGUGUCUAUUCAUGAGACAGAAGAUCUUAAUGAUCCACGGUAUCUGUUGGUUAUGAAAGGUGCUCCAGAGCGAAUACUAGAUCGGUGCAGUACAAUGUUGCUUAAUGGACAGGAAGUCGACAUGGAUGAUAAUCUGUGUGCUCAGUUCAGUGAUGCAUAUCUAACUCUUGGUGGUAUGGGAGAGAGAGUACUAGGAUUCUGCCAUUGUUAUCUGCCAGCAGAUCAAUAUCCUCAAGGAUAUGCAUUUGAUACUGAGAAUGUCAACUUUCCUUUGGAAAAUCUCUGCUUUGUUGGUCUUGUGUCACUCAUUGAUCCACCUCGAGCUGCUGUACCUGAUGCAGUUGCCAAGUGUCGUACUGCCGGAAUUCGCGUAAUAAUGGUGACUGGAGACCAUCCCAUCACUGCUGAGGCUAUUGCUAAGAGUGUAGGCAUUAUUUCACCAGAAAGCAAAACUGUUAAAGAAAUUGCAGAAGAGCGUGGGGUGGAUGUGAGCCAGGUAGAUCCACGUGAGGCCAAUGCAGCAGUCUUUCAUGGGUCAGAACUAAAGGACAUGAGUGAAGCAGAUUUGGACCGAUUUUUGUCUGUACAUUCCGAAAUAGUCUUUGCUCGUACUUCUCCACAACAAAAGCUGAUUAUAGUUGAAGGUUGCCAAAGACAGGGAUGGAUAGUGGCAGUAACUGGAGAUGGAGUGAAUGACUCACCGGCGCUAAAGAAGGCAGAUAUUGGUGUUGCUAUGGGGAUAGCUGGUUCUGAUGUUUCCAAACAAGCAGCAGAUAUGAUUCUGUUGGAUGACAACUUUGCUUCUAUUGUGACUGGUGUGGAGGAAGGUCGCUUGAUAUUUGACAACUUGAAGAAGUCAAUUGCGUACACGUUAACUUCGAACAUUCCUGAAAUCUCUCCAUUUCUCUUGUUUAUUAUUGCCAACAUUCCUUUACCUCUUGGAACCAUCACCAUUUUAUGCAUUGACCUGGGAACUGACAUGGUUCCUGCUAUCUCUUUGGCAUACGAGGAAGCUGAGUCAGAUAUCAUGAAGCGAAAACCUCGCAACCCACAAAGAGAUAGGCUAGUGAAUGACAGACUUAUUAGCAACUCUUAUGGGCAAAUAGGAAUGAUCCAAGCUUCAGCUGGUUUCUUCACUUAUUUUGUUAUUCUUGCUGAGAAUGGCUUUCUUCCUAGUCGUGUCCUUGGUCUACGUGCAGACUGGGAUGAUGAUCAGAUUAAUGACUUGAAAGAUAGCUAUGGACAAGAGUGGGAAGCCAUUGAGAGGAUUGCAAUGUGACAAUGUGAGAAAGUCAACAAAUACAGAAGAGAGAAAAGGCUGAAAGAAAGCCUGAGAAAUGAAGGGUAAGUCCUGUAGAAUUCUAACGAUAGACUUGCUCGUGACAAUUUUCUCCAGUAGAUACUGCUACAGCAUGCAAGAGAUGAGCUUCAUUGCAUGUGCAGGAGAUACCAUUUAGUAUAUACAGUGGCAGUAUAUCAUCAAUUCUCAAGACUCCGUGUGCUGGAAGUGGGUUGGAGAGAACAUGAGUUGUACUGCCAUCCAUACUCACCAAUUAAUGGGAUCAUGAAUUGAUAUCAGAAAUCCAGAUUUAA